CAACGCGCGACCGAGACAGAAACCCAAGAACGUUAGAUCGUAACAGCGAACGCGAAAACGAAACCCAGUAUCGUCAGUGCUAGUGCAGGUAGUGUUGUUGGUGGAGUGUCGGCGCGACUCCUUUGUGUAUGAAGCCGCUACAUCGGACUUUUCACCUGCCUGGGACCGAUUCAAUAUGUCUCCACUCCUGAUUGUGGCCUUAGCCACAAUUAUAUCGAGUGGUCACUCCCAUCCUCAAUCUAACUACGCUGAUCAAGCCAACAAUGUGGAGUAUGUUGGAGGCCUCCCCGAACAAGCCACCUUGGAUGGAAAAGUUACGAAACUGGAUGACCUUAGUCCCGUCAUCUUCUUGAACCGAACGAAAGCAGCCUUAAACUGCGCCGCUGGAUCCAUGCAGGUUGAACUGAAGUUUAACGAGCCUUUUCAUGGGGUGGCAUACGCCCACCCUGACAGGAAUUCACCCUGUUUUGUCCAUGGAGCAGGAAAUUUGAGCUAUAAAAUUGAUUUACCUCUUAAAGGAUGUGGUACGAAACAGGCACCACAACGUGUAUUUACCAACAAUAUUAUCGUCAGAUUCCACCCUUCCUUGGAAAUCGAUGGAGAUGAAAUCAUUACCAUAGUGUGUAGGUAUCCACCACCAGUAGCUCCUCUACCACCGGUACUGCCAGAAUUUAUAAAAAAUGACAAUGUACCUCAGCCAGUGGUGGCACCACCACUCAAUAGUUUCCAAAUAAUGUUGAUAAUAUGUGGAAUACUCUUCCUAUCUCUUCUGCUCCUUGGUCUUGGAUGUACCAACUACUGCUUGAGAAGACGAGUUAUACCCCUGUCAAGGCCAUUCUUGAGCAUUGGAACGAAUUCCGAAAUUACGAAACUUUCUAGUGGUAGUCUUGGUAAUCUCUCAAUUUACGACCCAGUAAAGAUUCCUCGAGCUCAUGCCCCGAUCCAAGCAACAGCAAGCAGCUCAGGAAGUGACGGACCACUAAUCAGCGACACGCUUCCAUCAGAUUAUCCUUCAGAAUCACACUCAGAAAUAGAAGAACUCGAUGCCAGAUCUCUUCCAGUCUCAUCAGCAGGAAGCUUCGAGAACCGAGCUUACCUACACGACAACAGCAGCGUCUACAGCGAUGGUGCUCUACAAACCGUCGCAACUACCACGACGUUACCCAGAGCUUCAGCCUACAAAGAACAGCCUCGGUUCGAAGUUCAGAUGAAGGUCAAUAGAGCUCCCCCCUCUCCUGCCAGCCUUGCCAUUUCAGACACCGAUAGCUCUGUUUCCAGAACUGAGAGGAAUUUGUCAACAAUCUUGGAAAGAGAGGAAUCCUCUAGACCCGAAUCUACCCAAUUCACUUACAUCCCUGAACUCCAUCAUCCUCCCAGACAUAUUCAACCAGCUCCUACGUUCAAUAAGAUUCUGAAGAGGCAACAGGAACUGCAAGAACUAGCGUCCUUGAACUCGGAGAUGACUGACACUCACUCCAUCACUGAGAUGUUCGAUUCAUCUCAUAGAAUCAAGGGUCCAGCACCUCCACCACCACCAAUGAUGCCAAGAGAGCAACACUUGGUCUCCAUGGACCGUACGGAGGUGUUUGAGCCCAUGCCAAUGCGUAAACCUGAGAUCACGUCGCAUACAGUCGAUGAUGUCUAUCUCAGAACUAUAACCGAAAAGAAGACCAUCGAGGAUAUAGAACGUCAUAAGAGAUUGGUGACCGAAUAUCAUACCAGACCAGCAGAGGCCCAUAAGUGGGAUGUUACCAUCAGGAAUUAUCCUUUGGAAAUGCCUGAACCACCUGAGUGGGAGAACUUCUCCGAUAUAUCUUCAGCUUCCGGAUUGACUCUCACCAAUCUACCAGAAAGAUAUGUGGAGAUUCCUCCUAAGAGUACGAUAGACGACAACAAGCUACCAUUGAAUUCACCGGAGUUAGUGGGAAGUCUUCGACAACCACACUAUCCACAGAGUUACCUCUCGACCUUCGAACUGCCUAUUGAAAACCCAGAAGUGCCGAACUGGAACGUUCUUUUGAGAGUCCUUCAACCAACUGAGCAAGAAGUCACAUCGAUGGAGACUACAGAAACUUUCAGCUCUCAGUUGACCAUGGCGGAUAAGAUAAAAUGGCGUCAGAUCAUAACCACAGAGUCCACUUUACGUACCCUCCUCACCGAAGCUGUUGUACGAGAAGAUUACGAGAGGAUAAGAAGGGAUGCAAGGUACGAACAACUCUUCGAGCCACCCAAAUGGGAUGUAAUAAUAAGAAUUUUGGCUCCCAACGAUAAGCAAAAGAAUAGAUUCAAAAAACGAGGUGAAUGGGAUAAUAGAAGUAGAAGGAGUAGUCUACCCACACUCUACGAAUACGACUCUGAUGGUGAAAGUUCUGUUAGGACACUAACCAGAGAACCGAUGGAGUACCCGUUGGUGAGAUCCAGAAGAACAUCCAGAUCUAGUUUUAAGAGCGAAGCUGAUCUAAGAUCGAUGUCUGAAAUGACUGUCGAUUUUGGUAGAACUGACUUUGCAGAUAACCAAUCAGAAUCUUCUCAUUACUUCUCUAUGCAUAGAUACGACGAUGACGAAACUGACAGUUAUUAUAGGCCAGGUCAUCCUUCCCUUGCCAGAUCCUUGAGCCAACCUAGCUUAGCUAGAUCUGCUAGUGAAUUCACGGAACAUUGGGGAGCACCUUCAAGAUAUGACACUGCCAGUGAGUACACCUCACCAGAAGUCACCCCCAAGGCUGUGAGAAGUACCAGGAUGAUGCAGAUGCAACCUGGUCAGCCUAUGGGAGCAGAACAGAGAUCCAUGUGGCAAGCAAGCUCUAGCCAAAUGAGGACAUUGCCAGGGGGUGGUACUGCUCAAAUAAUGACAAGUGAAAUGAGUCAGUCUUCGUCUAGAGUUGUUUCAAGACAACGACCUUCCUGGCAUCAGUAAAUCGAUUAUUGUAAUAUAUCGAUCUAAGAAAGAUCACCAAUGGUGCUGUAGGCUCAAAAUCGAUUAGAUUAUGUUUUCGAAAUUGUAAAAAUAACGUGUUAUAUUAACAAUGAGAGACUUAUGUUCCUAAACAUAUUUUUCCAAAACGAUUUUGGCCUUAAAUAAACGAAACUACUAUAUUUAAAGAAAUAUACAGAUUAAAUUUUAAUUUUAGUAACUAGAAUGCUGUGAUAACAAAUGCAAUUAAGGAAAGGUCGAGGUUUUCUAAUACUCAAUGGGUUAUUACCCAAUUUUCCACUUAUUCACGCAGAGUGUGAGUAACUGCAAAUUUGGGUUCUUAUAUAACACUAGCUUAAGGUACUAUUUUAUAUCUACUCGGUUUUUUUACGAGCUUCGACUAUUGUUUUUAUCUGAUUUUUUAUGCUUUGGUGGAGGUUUAUGGCAACCAAUUUUUUUCCUACAUAUUUCCCUUUUUGUAUUUUUCCAUUUUAUCUUCAGAUGAAUAUAUCUACUUAAUUAAUUAUACUGUAAUACUGACUUAUAUUAAUUGAGAGAAAUUCUCAAAGUUUUUAUGUAAUAAAUCAAUUUUUUGUAA